AUGCCUACAUAUGCAAAGUUCAUGAAGGAUAUCAUUUCUAAGAGGCGUACCGCCGACACUAACCCAAUUAUUCUCAUUCAAACGUGUAGUGCUAUUUUGUGGGGUAUGAUGAUUCCGAUCAAGAAGAAGGAUCACGGAGCUGUCACUAUCCCAUGUACUAUUGGAGAUAGGUCGUUCAACAAAGCUCUGAUUGAUCUGGGGGCUAGUAUCAGUCUUAUACCGUUAUCUAUCUAUAAAAUUCUUGGUAUAGGGGUUGUGCAAGAUACCAGAAUGACACUCCAAUUUGCCGAUCAUUCGGUCAAGAAACCGUAUGGCAUUGUCGAAGACGUUCUGGUAAAAAUUGAUAAGUUUGUUUUUCCGGUGGAUUUUGUAAUUCUCGAAAUGCCGGAAGAUGAAGAGAUCCCUCUCAUUCUAGGGAGACCCUUUCUGGAGACGGGACGGUGCUUGAUAAACAUUGAAGAAGGAACUAUGACACUGAAAGUUUAUGAUGAAGAAUUAAAAAUCGAUGUUCGAAACACCAUGAGGUACAAGGAUGAUAUUUGUACAAGUCACACUAUAGAGGUUUUGGAUCAAGUGACGACAUUUGAUAACCUUUUUCCUACACCCCAACACGUUUGGAGAGAGUGUUGA